UCACACUGCUUUUCGUUGUUAGCUGAUUGUGUAACCAGCUAGCUAGCGUUUGUGCUUUGUUAGAGUAGUACACUCAGGAAUAGGCUGUAAAUGGACGUCGUUGUAUAAGAAUAAAUGUUUUAAACAGAGUGGGGUCGUUUGAAAGCUAUAUUAAAAUGCCAGUAGACAGUAAUGAAGAGCAAGAACGUCCAGCACUAUCCAAUCCAGUCAGUGCUCUGACACCAGGAGGCAAAGAUGAUAAUGUUGUUAACAUUGGGACCCCUGGCCUCUCCAUCCCAGCGAGUAGCCAUGAAGAGCUAGCAGCAGACUGUCCUGUGAAAAUUGGGGCAGAGAACUCCAAGAGAUCCCAGCACUUACUCCAGAUCAACCGUCAGGAGAUCCAAGCAAUUGAUCAGAGCGCUCAGGCAGCCGAACUGCAGUGCUUGGGAGUGGCCGUCUAUGAUCAGGAUGUUCUGGAGCAGGGGGUCCUGCAGCAGGUGGACAGGGCCAUCCAGGAGGCCAACCGGGCUGCAGCCAAGGCUGAGGCGGAGAAAGAAUAUGAGUCUGUAUUGGAUGAUGUUAGGUCAUGCACAAUUGCUCUAAAACACAUUAACAAAAUAUUAGAACAGCUUGCUCCUUAUGCUACCACCAGCAAGGACAUCAGCCGGAAAAUAGAGUCUGUCAAAAGGCAAAAGGAGAACAAGGAGAAGCAGUUAAAAAAGAUCAGAGCCAAGCAGAGGCGGUUACAGGCCGUGCUUGGUGGAGAGGACAUCCAGAAGCUUGAGGCAGAGUUAUUGACUGAGGAUGAUGAAGAGGCAGGCCCAUCCACUCUGGGCAGCAUGCUCAUGCCAGCUCAGGAGUCAGAGUGGGAAGAACUCAUCCGCACGGGUCACAUGACGCCAUUUGGCACAAGGAUCCCUCAGAAGCAAGAGAAGAAAAAGCCACGCCGAGUGAUGCUCAGCGAGAACUCGGGCUUCGACAGGUACCUUGCUGACCAGGCCAUGAUGGCAGAGAAAAGGAAGAAACCACUUCUGAAGAAGAAGAAGGCAGCCACCAGGACUCCCUUAACUGAACCUCCGAAGAAUGGCACCCUCUCUACAAAAGAUAAGAAACUGCAGAAAUGUAUGCGGAAGCUUCAGAGGACAGCUCUAAAGGCUCACCCCAAAGCUAGGCCUAAGGUGGAACAAGUGUUUCCACAGACCAGGAAGAAGGGGAGUAGAGAAGGGGAGUCGGACAGCGACGGCUCUGAGUAUGUCCCUAGUGAUGAAUUUAUGGACCCAGAGGAACCAGACCGAGAUGAUGAGCUCUGGAUUGAUGAAAAUGAGGAGUAUGAGCUUAAGCCCUAUAUGAAAAAAGGAGAGGCCAAAACCAGGAAGCCAAGAAAAGAGGAUGAGAGUGACGAAUACUUCCCAAGCAGCUCAGACGAUGAGGACUCUGGGAGGAAAGGCAAAGUGAAGAAGUACAAGGAUGAUGGCAAUGUUGAAUACUAUAGGCAAAGGAUUAGGAAGUGGAAGAAGCAGAGACUCCAGGAGAAGGAGCAGACAAGACAAACAGGAGAGGAUGAGUCUGAGGAGAGUGAUGCUGAGUUUGACGAAGGCUUUAAGAUGCCAGGCUUUCUCUGGAAGAAACUCUUCAAGUAUCAGCAGACAGGUGUCAGGUGGAUGUGGGAGCUGCACUGCCAGCAGGCAGGAGGCAUUCUGGGAGAUGAGAUGGGCCUUGGCAAGACCAUCCAGGUAAUUGCCUUCCUGGCAGGCCUGAGCUACAGCAAGCUGAGGACACGUGGCUCCAAUUACAGGUACGCUGGCUUAGGGCCCACGAUCAUUGUGUGCCCAGCCACAGUCAUGCAUCAGUGGGUAAAGGAGUUCCAUACCUGGUGGCCUCCGUUUCGGGUGGCCGUUCUGCACGAAACAGGCUCCUUUAGCAAUAAGAAGGAGAAGCUCAUUCCGGAGAUAGCCACGGGUCAUGGCGUCCUGAUCACGUCAUACUCGUAUGUCCGCAUCAUGCAGGACUACAUUCAGAAAUAUGACUGGCAUUACAUCAUCUUGGACGAGGGGCACAAGAUCAGGAACCCUAAUGCUGCCAUCACUGUGGCAUGCAAACAGUUCCGGACCCCUCACCGUUUCAUCCUCUCCGGGUCCCCCAUGCAGAACAACCUGAAGGAGCUGUGGUCCCUCUUCGACUUUGUGUUCCCAGGGAAACUGGGCACUCUCCCUGUCUUCAUGGAGCAGUUCUCUGUGCCUAUUACCAUGGGAGGAUAUUCCAAUGCCUCCCCAGUGCAGGUGCAGACGGCCUACAAGUGUGCAUGUGUCCUACGUGACAGCAUCAACCCAUACCUGCUGAGAAGAAUGAAGGCAGACGUGAAGACCAAUCUCUCAUUACCAGACAAAAAUGAGCAGGUGCUGUUUUGCAGAUUAACUGAAGAACAGCGGCAAGUUUAUCAGAACUUUCUGGAUUCCAAGGAAGUCUAUCAGAUUCUGAAUGGAGACAUGCAGGUUUUCUCAGGUCUGAUAGCCCUGAGGAAAAUCUGUAACCAUCCGGACCUGUUCUCUGGUGGGCCGCGUUUGCUCAGGGGCAUACCUGAAGAGGACCUGACUGAAGAGGAGCACUUCGGGUACUGGAAGCGCUCGGGCAAGCUAAUAGUGGUGGAGUCUCUUCUCAGGAUCUGGUUCAAACAAGGACACAAAGUCUUGCUCUUCACUCAGUCCAGACAGAUGCUAGAGAUCCUGGAGCUGUUUGUGAGGGAAAACGGAUACUCCUACCUCAAAAUGGACGGCACCACUACCAUUGCGUCCAGACAGCCUCUCAUAGCUCAGUACAAUGAGAACAAGGAUAUAUUCAUUUUUCUUCUGACAACCCGAGUGGGUGGAUUAGGUGUCAACCUGACAGGUGCAAACCGAGUUAUCAUCUACGACCCAGACUGGAACCCCAGUACAGACACCCAGGCUCGUGAGCGUGCCUGGAGGAUAGGACAGAAGCAGCACGUGACUGUUUACAGACUGCUGACCGCAGGGACAAUUGAAGAGAAGAUUUACCACAGACAAAUCUUCAAACAGUUCCUCACCAAUCGAGUUCUCAAAGAUCCUAAACAGCGCCGGUUUUUCAAGUCCAAUGACAUUUAUGAGCUUUUCACACUUAGCAAUCCAGAUGGCUCCCAGGGAACUGAGACCAGUGCAAUAUUUGCAGGUACUGGUUCAGAUGUACCAAUCCCAAACAGACACAAGAAACCUAAUCCUCCUCAGAGACAGGUGCAGAUGAAGUCAGAGAAGGCCAAGUCUUUUGCAGUGCAUACAGAAGAUCUAAAAGCUUUCUCUGAGCCAUCAAAUACAAACACUCCAAUUGUCAGUAUUCACUCUAGCAAUAAUUCUAGAAAGGAAAAUGACUCUGUAAGUGCAAAAUCCACAGUGGACUCUGCAGAGGGCUCAUUAACUGUCAGUCCAGGACAUGAGCAGUAUGGUGCCAACACUCCUCAGAAACACAGAGAGAAGAAAAAGCACUGUGUCCUAACAUCUGCAGGGAGCACUGCCUCAAAUGGACAUAAGCACAGACACAGAAGACGCAAGCAUCGCGAGGACGCCCACUUUGAGGGCCAUCGCAUCUCUCACCUGGUGAAGAAGAGAAGAUACAAGCGAGAGGAGAGUGAUGCACAGGAGGAGAAAAAAGAUGAGCAAGAGAAUGAUGACUAUGUUCUAGCCAAGCUCUUCAAGAAGUCAGGGGUCCACAGCAUCAUAAAACAUGACACUAUCAUGGAGGCAUCGAACCCCGACUAUGUCCUUGUGGAGGCUGAGGCCAAUCGUGUCGCUAAAGAUGCUCUGAGAGCUCUGAGAGUCUCCAGGCAGCACUGCAGGGUGUCCUUCUCCAGAAGAGCCACACCAGCAAUGCCAGCAGCUGCCAGAAAACGAUUUGGACAGAAGAAAAACCCUCUUUUCACCCAGUCAUUUGGCACAACACAACAAACCACAGAGAAGUGCAAGGAUGCAGAAAUUAUAAAGACAUCAGGCAUCAAGAAAUCUGGACCUGCUGCCCACUUCAGUGGAGAGGGAGUGGAGGAAGAGUCAGUUUCUUCCUCCCUCUCCUCAUCUUCACUUCUUGCCAAAAUGAGGAUCAGGAACCAUCUUAGCUUACCACAGGGACAUGAUGAAGAAGAAGCAGAGGCUGAGCCAUCACGUCAGCCUACUUUGGGUGCUCAUACUACUGAACAUGAUGAGCUGCUAGUGGAUGUGUGGAACUUUGUGGCCUUCCAGGCCCAAGUGGAUGGCCAGGCCAGCACUAAGGAGAUCCUGGAGUACUUCACCCCUAGACUGUCCUCCACACAGACGCCUGUGUUCAGGCAGCUGCUCAGGAACAUUUGUGACUUCCACAGGCUGCCAGGGCAAGAGGGCAUGUGGAAGCUCAAAGAUGAGUACAGAUGAAAGAAGUAAGAUAUAUGUGCUAUAGUGUGAGGAUUUAUUAAUGUCUGAAAUUAAUGCUUGGCAUCUGUGGUAGUUAUUUUUCAUGAAAUGGUUACAUUUUGCUUGUAUUGGUUUAAUGUAUUAUAUUUGUAAAAAGAUAAAAUGUGUAUUUACUUUGGAAUUCACCUAUUACAAGAUUUGAACUUUCUUGCUGAUUAUGUACUUGGCAAGUUAUAGAUUUGCUUCUAUACUUUCUUAACUUAUUUUUGUGUUAUACCUGGGAUUUACUUGAUCACUUGUGCUGUAUUUCUGUAAAAGGAAAACAUCAUUCAGGGAGAGAAUAAUAAGAUACAACUGUGAUUUAAUCUAACUUGCAGUUCAUUUUCUUAAACUCAUAGCUUUGAAUGAGUCAUUCAAAUUUGUAUUGCCUCUUUGGGUUUGUUUUGUACUCAUGUGUACAAAUAAUGUCCUCAUAAAUGUUUAUUCACUUAUUGGUUUCAACAUUCCAAGGGUGUAAAUAUAUCUACCUGAAAUCUACAAUCUGUUUAGAAAGAAAACUUAGUGCUUGUAUGAUCUGCAAGCCAGAAAAAAAUGUAAUGUCAUACACAUGCAAGACAAAUGUUACUGAAUGUCAAGUUAUGUUUUGUUUGUUGUCCUUUUUAUUGUAGAACUGUUAAAGGUUAGCCAUGAUCCUCAAAAUAAAUUUUUUUUACA